CGUGCCGUAGACUCGAGUUGUCCGUCGUCGUCGUCGUGCCGUUCUAGUGCUGUUAAUGUUGUUGUUGUUGUUGUUAUUGUUGUUGUUGUUGCUCGACACCGACAGUUGUCGGUCGGCGUUGAAAGCGGUUACCGCUGCGGAUUCAGUUGUUGCGCGACCGGCGCCGCGCGUGCCGUGAUUGAUGUGCGUCGCGACGUCGACGAAGACGAUGGACGGCGCCAAGCGCAGUCCGCGCUUCCGGUCCGUCGACUGCCUGCUUCCUGUUGGCGGAUGCUGGGAUGCGCCGACACCGCGAGAUGAUGCGGACCGGAAGCCGAAGACGAAAGCCACGCCGAUCCGACGUGCCACAAUCGGACAGUUUCCUUGGAGGAGACGCGGCACCGAAAGUCUCAGCUCUUCUCCCGGUUUGCGCAGGAGGACACCGACGGAGACAUCGCAGACGGCCCCUGUUACGCCCUUGCACGAUAGCAACCGCCGGAGGUCGCCGGUAGAUGGAGUCGCUCGUCGGGUCAAGGCCACGUCUACGCCUCUCCUAUUGGAUCCGGCAGCAGCCGAAAACAGGAAAUGGAAGAUCGAGGGCAACGAGAAUCAAAACGCUUCGAAGGAAAAUCGAAAAAGCAUCGCAG